GUCCGACGACACGUCAAACUUGUUUGAUGAGCACACUUUAUGCAAAACCAAUUCUACAACAAAUGGCACAGUAAUUAAUGAAUCAACACCACACUUGACAGCUACCAUCGACACCAUUCCAUUUCGAGAAUUAUCGAACAGAAACACAAACAUUUAUUGGAAAACACCGAUAUCGAAUAUGGCAAUACCAAUUACUACAAUCAGUCAAAACACCGAAACGCAUUCACUUUGACAUUUGAUGAGUCUUGUUUAUACGUUUAGAAUGCAUAUAUUAUGAAAAUCAUUUGCCGACUGAUACAAAAUCCAUCUGCAGCACAUUAAAUUUCGAAAAUUAUUUUAUUUGUGAAUUAUUUAAAGCAUAUUUUAUUAAAAGAUGUCUUUGGCCGAUGAAUUGCUCGCCGAUUUAGAAGAGAUUGGAGAUAAUUUCGGUGAUGAUGAAAUUAAGGUUAAAGAAGAACCGAUCGAUGGUGAUGAAGAGAAUGGCUACGAUGCAAUCGAAAAAAUGGAAAUCGAUGAUUCGGUAUCAUCGAUUCGGUCGCUGUGUAAACUACAUGAUUCGGAACGAUUAAAUAGGAUUUUACAUCAAAUUAAUGAGUACACUUCAAAGCCAAGAACUUCAAAUCAGAUCAUUGGAAACGUUGAAUCCGAUCCCGAAUAUCAGUUAAUUGUUGAGGUGAACACCGUUGCUGUUGAAAUAGACAAUGAAAUUUCAAUCAUACACAAAUUUACGAAAAACAAAUAUCAGAAACGAUUUCCUGAAUUGGAUUCUCUAAUUGUUGGUGAAAUGGAGUAUUUGAUGGCCGUCAAAGAGCUUGGAAAUGAUUUGGAGCAAAUUAAAAAUAACGAAAAAUUACAACAAAUUUUAACGCAAGCCACUAUUAUGAUUGUUUCAGUGACUGCGUCAACCACUCAGGGUACGCUUUUGACAGAUGACGAAAAAAUGAAAAUUAAUGAAGCUUGCGAUAUGGCCGUCGAUCUAAGUAAUUACAAGGCGAAAAUCUUUGAAUAUGUCGAAAGCCGAAUGACAUUCAUUGCACCAAAUUUGUCAAUGAUCGUGGGCGCAUCAACGGCCGCCAAAAUAGUUGGAGUUGCAGGCGGAUUGGUAAAGUUAUCGAAAAUACCCGCUUGCAAUGUCAUCCUGUUGGGUUCACAAAAGAAAACUUUGGCCGGAUUCUCGAGAACGCAAAUGUUACCACAUACGGGUUUCAUUUUCUAUUCAACAAUAGUACAAGAUACAGCACCGGAUCUUCGUAGGAAAGCAGCACGUUUGGUCGCCGCCAAGUGUACAUUAGCUGCACGAGUUGAUGCAAGCCAUGAAAGUGUUAACGGUGAGAUUGGAUUGCAAUUUAAAGAAGAAAUCGAAAAGAAAUUGGACAAAUUGCAAGAGCCGCCACCAGUUAAGUUCAUUAAACCACUUCCAAAACCGAUUGAAAUCAGUAAAAAGAAGCGUGGAGGUAAACGUGUUCGCAAAAUGAAAGAACGUUAUGCAAUGACCGAGUUUCGCAAACAGGCCAACCGUCUCAACUUUGGAGAUAUUGAAGAAGAUGCAUAUCAAGAUGAUUUGGGAUACACAAGAGGCACAAUUGGAAAGGCUGGCACUGGUCGUGUUCGAUUACCACAAGUUGAUGAGAAAACGAAAGUGCGCAUUAGCAAAACGCUGCAGAAAAACUUACAAAAGCAACAAGUAUACGGUGGAAGUACAACAGUACGUAAGCAAAUUUCUGGUACUGCUUCGAGUGUUGCAUUUACGCCGUUACAAGGUCUUGAAAUUGUUAAUCCACAAGCAGCCGAAAAAUCAACAGAUACAAAUGCCAAAUAUUUUUCAAAUACAUCGGGUUUUAUGUCAGUUGGAAAAUGAAUAAUGUAAACAAAAAUAAAUUGAAAUUUCGUUUAAGAUACACA